AUGGCCGAAGCCCGGCGUGAAGAUGAGGAAGAGGGGGAGCGCCGAGAUCAGCGGGACGUCCGGCACAGAACCCAGGCAACAGAUGAUCUCAAAAGAACCAAGCCGGAUCAUUUACAUUCAAGUCAAGGGCCUCUGCCGUCUAUACGAGCUGCUGUCAAACAAACAAGAACAAACUGUCAGAGUGACCACACCAGAGAAAGAAGGCGACCAGAGAUCACCAUCGUCUCAGCCGGACCUCUGGUCAGUAACAACUGGUUCUCAGGAAACUCUGUGGUUUUCCCUCAUCCUCCUCCGUCAGGCUGGUCUGCAGGCAUCCAGGCUGUUCCCCAGCCCCCACCAUCCUAUGACCAGGUGAUUCAUGAGAAGACCCAGGAAGAGCACAUUGUCAAACCUACUGCAGCCCCCCGUCGGACAACCUGCAGCAUCACAAGUGCCACGCAGACUGACCCUGUGAGGGAAGACACCAGUGCUGCUGCUCCACAGUCGGCAGGGAAAAGACCUGCAGGUAAAAAGCCUCAAAAACCACAGAGGCCGUCACUACCGAAACCAGGUGGGACUAAUACUCUAGUAUCCACAAAGGCUGAGGACCAAAGUGAUGCUGAGUCAGAUGUAAAGCAACCCGACCAAUCAGGUUCCACUCACACCUGCAGUAGAUCUGUGACUGUACACUGGGACAUUCCUCUCUCUGUCACUGCUGAAACUACUCCCUCUUCACCUGACUCAGAGCACAGCCGACGCCCCGUUCCACUUCCUCGUACGAAACCCCAAAAGCAGGCGACCACAAACGAGGUCAAAGUUCAGACUUUGGUCAAGCUCAGUGAACAUUGUGACAGCAUUCAAUUGGAUCCAGAAGCGGUCUCCUCCAAUAAGUAUUUAAAGGAGUUAUUGGAGGUCUUUAGUGCGGAUAACGAGUGUGCGGAGAACGGCGGCUACGCCAACCAAUCGGACGAGGCCUUACAAGGUGAGGAUGCAGGUGGCGAAAUGAGCACCAACCACAGUCAACGCAAUAUCCGGGCCAGGAUCCAGGCCUUUGAGACCCAGGCUAGCACCGAGGAUGGAAAUGCGGUUGAGCUGGCCAAACCACAACCCGCACCCAGGAAGGCGACCAACAAACCUUCAGUUGCUGCUAAACCUUCUGUCGCUCUUAAACUUCAGUUAAUCAACAGUGUAGAUAAUGACUAUCAAAACGUAUCAAUCACAAACGUCCCCCAAAUCCCUUCAACCGCCCCAAGACCUGUGCCCCCGAGGAAACCUGUAGAACUACCUGUAAAAGAGGAACUGGAGAUUGUACUCAAUAAGAGAUCACGUCCUUCUGUAUUGACCAGAGACAACAGCAUCCAUGAAGAGGACACGCCGCCAGUCCCUCCGACACGUCCAGUGAAGCCUUUUAAGGAACCUCUGAAACCCAACCUUAAUAUAAACAACCACAACUCAACUUCUAGGGUCACAGAGAAUGUGUAUGUGGACAGUCCAUCAAAUCACAUCGCGGUCAAACCUGUAGACGGCAAUGGAGGCUCUUCGCCCAGACCAAGUAUGACACGGAGACCAACCACCAUCAUGGUCCCCAGCAAAACCGGUUCAUUGUCGGAUAACUUUGAGGACACCCCCCCUCCUCUCCCUGCUCAGAAGCCCAUAGGCUCCCUAAACACUUCAGUGAAUCGCAGACAAAGCCAGACGCCCACCCUCCCCCACCAGGAGUCUUUCCCGUCUGGGCCAGAGCCAUCACUACCACCUCGGAGGCUGACUUCGAGGAGCAAAACCCUUCCUCCUCGCCCACCUCUAGCCAAAACGGGCCCGGGAAGACCUCCCGCACCCAGCCUUCAGGCCCUAGGUCGAUCCCAUUCAGCACAAUUGGAAGCUUCACCUAAACCCCAGACACAGAAGCCCCACAGGAAAGGAGCUGUCGUACCUCCAAGGCCCAACCCCGGCCACCGUCUCUACAACAAAUACACCCUUCAACUUCCUCAUGGGAUUGCUUCCUUCGACUACAAUGGGAGUGACACAGGAGAACUGUCAUUUCAGAAAAACGAGGUGCUCCUGCUGCUAGAUGAGAUAGACCACAAUAUGUUUGAGUGCCAAGUUGGAGACACCAGAGGCAGAGUACACAAGUCUCACAUGACGGUCAUAACUCCCGUUUCCUCCGUCUCACACAAGCACCCGCCACAGGAUGCCGGUUCAGGUGGAGCUGGUUCUGAGCUUAAGGUGCAGGCCAUACAUGACUUCAAUCCAGAGGGUCCAGGAGAGCUGGGUCUGAGAGCAGGAGAUGUUGUGACCAUGGUGGAGCAGGUGGACAGCGAGUGGUACAGAGGCACUUGUAGGGGAUCUUCCGGUUUCUUUCCGGCCAAUUAUGUCAAAGUACUUUCAAAUUCCCCAAAACCGCUCCCUGAACGGAAAGCGAGGCCACCAUCUGCAGCAGUCAGCGGUCCGAGAUGCGUGGCGAGGUUUGACUUUGAGAGGGAGAACAGCGGUGAGCUGUCGUUCUCUGAGGGCGAUGUGAUCCAGCUGAAGGCGUUGGUUGGACAGGACUGGGCUCGGGGACAGAUUGGCGCCUCGACGGGUAUCUUCCCUCUUAACUUUGUAGAGGUCAUUGAAGAUCUGCCUACAGCCCCAAGACAGCAGAAGAGACAGUCCAUCAGGAUACCACUGCCUGGCAUGGUUUCUUCUCCGAGUACGCACACUGAAGCGGCCAAACCUGCUCAGGCGUCUCAGCCCGCUGUGGAGUGGGUGGUGGCUCUGUAUGACUAUGAUGGGAAUUCAGACGGCGACCUGUCGUUUCAAGAGGGCGACCGGAUCCUGAUCAGCCGCCAUGUUGACGCCGAGUGGAGCUGCGGCCGGCUCAACGGCACAGAGGGCGUGUUCCCCAGGGCUUUUGUUGAGAGCAGCGCAGCAGGUCAGCAGUCUAAUAACCAGCAGAGUGGGGCUGCUGCUGGAAGUAGAGGCAGGGCAAUGUUCGACUAUCUGUCACAAUGCGACGAGGAGCUCUCUCUGCAGGUUGGGGAUAUUAUAACUGGUCUGGAGCCCGUUGAUGAAGAAUGGUUCCUGGGUGACUUGAGAGGGAAACGGGCCCUGGUCCCUAAAAACUAUGUGCAAGUACUGGGAUAGUGUCACGUCACACUGUUGGAUGACAAUAACUGAAAUGAGAUCAGAGGUUUUCAGCCGUGGAGGUCUGAAGGGAACCGUCUGGAACUGGAAUGCAGCAUUUCAUCUACAAAUUGUGAUCUUUUUUUAAUUUGAUGCAUUAACUUAUAAUGGUGUUGACAGAAUAAAUAUAAACAUAUGUAAAGCUGGAUGGCAAUCUAAAUGUAGUGUUUAUUCAUAAGCAGUUUUGGAUUCUUCAACUGUGCAUUUGCACCAACUAGUGGUUUCAUUAUUUUCCUCCCAUCAGUUGUAAUAUACAUUUUUCAAGUGUGAUUACUUGAAGAUAUCUUCUACUUUACCGUAACCUGGAUUUUUACAUGAAAUGAGGCUUAAAUAAAGGUCAGAACCUUGAAAGGAAUAAAAUGUUGCUACCAGAUCAGGGUGAAAACUUCUGUGAUGCAUGAAUAAAG